UUUGCUUUUAACUCGGCCACUGAAAUCAGGCCAUACAUGAAAGGUGUGUUAAAUACCGCAAAUAUUUCGGAAAUAAAAAGUAGGCCGCCCACAGCCAUGUCGACUUCAUAGAGCAGAGAGUACUGGGUACAAAUGAGGGUGAAAGCGAGCGGGAGGCCCAGUGAAAUGACUGGCAUGGCUGUUUUUAAUGAGGCUAACAUUGAGAUACUAUCAAGUGGUGAGUGAGGGUGGAAGGGUGGUUUAACAGGCCCGAAACCACCAAAACACACUUGCACACACACUUCAGCACUCUGUUGUCCCUAAUAAUCCUCUUGCAUCCCACAUUUCCUUCAGUUUCUUUCACUUGAGAGUUUGUGUCACAUCUAGGCUUUGUGGUCCCUCUUUUAGAAGGUCCCGUCAUCCUCUGAGAAACCAUUCAAAAAACACCCAUCAGCCAAUCAGAUGGGUGUGAAACACACUGGGAAAGAAAAGAGAACUUCACUGCAUGCAAGUGAGAGAGAGCCAUGUGACUUGAGGUCCACCAAUCAGAUCAUGGGAUUGCUGUGCAGCAGCCCUACCGCGGGAGCUGUGACCUCGGAUACCUCAGACAUGCGACUGACAGGCCGUUACCACGGAGAUCACCAUUGCGAGAGCGUCAGACACCUGAACUUUCAACUACCUGACUAAAACCACGUAGAUACUACAACAACCACUACUAGACAGAGAAGAGACACAGACAAAAGUGUCCAUCGUCAAAGGCUGAAGUCGGCACGGCGGCGGAGAGGCCAGUUCUUUUCCCUCCUGAGCGGGACACAUGGCUUCAAACAGCAUCUUCGACACAUUCUCCAGCUACUCGCCCAGUUUACUGCGAGACCCGAGCACGAGCAGACGGUUCACGCCGCCCUCCGCCUCGUUCCCGUGUGCCAAAGUGACCGAGAGCCCGAGUAUGAGCGCACCGGGUCCGCUGCGGGCCGGGCGGCCAGUGGAGUCCCGCUCCGUGGUGGACGUUUUGGCAGAUCACGCCGGAGAGCUCGUGCGCACCGACAGCCCGAACUUUCUCUGCUCGGUCCUUCCGUCACACUGGAGGUGCAACAAAACGCUGCCUGUGGCUUUUAAGGUGGUGGCUCUGGGUGACGUUCCUGACGGGACUCUGGUCACGGUAAUGGCGGGAAAUGAUGAGAAUUAUUCCGCGGAGCUGAGAAACGCGUCUGCCGUCAUGAAGAACCAGGUGGCGCGAUUCAACGACCUGCGCUUCGUGGGAAGGAGCGGCAGAGGAAAGAGCUUCACUCUGACCAUCACUGUGUUCACUGGACCGCCCCAGGUCGCCACAUACCACCGCGCUAUUAAAGUCACCGUGGACGGACCUCGAGAACCAAGACGUCACCGCGUGAAGCCGGACGACCCUCACAAGCAGUACUCCGAUCGCCUGAGUGACAUCGAGCGUUUCCAGAGGGCCGGUCUGCGGAUGAACCCUGGCAACGGGACCACCCGCUCCCACCAGACCCAUUACAGCCCCUCCAGCACCACACCGAUACCAGCAUUAUGGCCAGAUCAGAUUGACCCUCCUGCACUGAAGACUUGCAAAGUGGAAGACGACUUACGCUGGUCAAGUACAGAUAUAUUCCAACAGAGGACGUCUUUCCCGUCUCUGUCUCCAUUAACGGCUCCUCGUUUCUCCGAUUCACACAUGCAUUAUCCGGGUCCCUUCACCUACUCUGCUAACCCGUCCAGCACUGGAAUCGGCGGUCUCAGCGUGGCCGGGAUGCCCACCUCCAGCCGCUACCACACCUACCUGCCGCCUCCCUACCCUGGCAACCAGAACCAGAACUCCCACUUCCAGACCAACUCCUCGCCGUACCACCUGUACUACGGCACCGGAUCCGGCUCCUACCAGUUCUCCAUGGUUCCGACCGGCGGCACCGGAUCGGGAGGCGACAGGUCGCCCACCCGCAUGCUGACGUCCUGUACUGCAGCGGGCGGAGCCGGAGGCGCCACGGGCGGAAACAACAGCCUACUCAACGCCAGCCUCGGCAACCAGAGCGACGGGGUCGACGCCGACGGCAGCCACAGCAACUCGCCCACAGCCAUGAGCGCAUCGACACGCAUAGACGAGUCCGUCUGGAGGCCUUAUUGAGAAAACGUGUACGCGGAAAGACUGAGAGUAGAAGUGGAAAAUUUAGAGAAAAGGUGAAAAGUCUUGCAUGUUUGAUCGUUUUGUUUGUUCAUCCUUCUAUAAGAUGUCAAUUCCUUAUAAAACAACCAAAGUGAUCCAAUAACCAGAGAGACCUUUUGCUCCGGACACUCUAUGUGGAUCAAAACUAAAGGAGGACACAGCAAAAUGAGGUGUAUAUACAAAGAUUAUAAUUGAAAAAUAAGAAAAGGCAUCCUAUAGUAAUAUAUCAGUGACUUUUCUUACUAAAAAAGCUGAAAAACCAAAGAAAAGAAAAGCAGGACAUAUUCCAGUGAGCCUGUAUCUGAAAAAAGCCAAUUCAUCCUGCCUUACAAACCAAUCUGCCUGAAAGCUAUUAUUCCCAGAGUGCUUCGCAACCACGAAAACCUGUCGAGCAGACAGUAUGAAAGAGCUUCACAGAGCUGCAGGACUGUGGGACUUUUAAUGUGUAAAUAUGAUGAUAAACAAAUGCUACCCACAAGUUUCAGGUACUUUCCAUCUUACUAAAAUAAUCUUGAAAUGGUGAGAUGUGAUCAUGUAAAACACGUGCGAGGUUUUUCAUUCAAACGGAUUUUAGGGUGAAUAUCAGAAACACAUUCAGGUCAUAUUUGAAAUGAGAAAUUUGGAUUUGCAUGAAGAAAAUGAUGCUUAGUUAUCAAAAUAUAUGCACAUUUGAUGCCUAAAUUCUUAUUAAUAUAAUGCAAAAAAUAGUUUUUAGUUUUGCAAUGUUAAAAAAAAAAGAUGAAAUAUGAUUUCAUUUGCAAAUCAUUUAAAUUUACAUAAACGUAGGCAUCAUUUUCUUAUGCAAAAAUAUUUUUUGCUUCAAUUUUAUGGCGAAAUGUGAUCUGGACAUGUUUUUGUGAGAUUUGUAGAAACAUAAAACAGUGUCUAUAAUCCAAAGACAGACAGGCGUUUGAUUUUUUAUGUUUUUUUUCCCUUUCUGUCAUGUCUUGCUUCAUGCCAAAAUCACAAACAAUUCAUUUGUCUUUGAACUCGUUGAAACUCGACUUUUUUUUAAAUAGCUUUUAGAGUAAUUUUUUUAUUUUUUUUUUUUCAGUGUUGAUCGCUUUUAAUGAUUUUCAUCAGACUAUGUGAUUUGUUUGAGCUCAUUUGUAUGGUUGUGUUUUAAUUUUUUUAAUUUUUUUAUUUAUUCGAGCCAAAGAGGAUGCAUUCCUAUUUUGGAUCGUUUCCGGGUCACAAACAUUUCUUAAUUUCCUUUCUUUUUUCGAUUUCUUUGUUUUAAUAUAAAAUUGGAAGUUGUGCUACUGUAAUAUAUUCCUUCUAAAUUAUACAAAAAAUUUUAAUGUAAUAUCUAUGUUUUUCCAAUGCAGCUUUAAUGCACUAAAACAUUAUUUAAGAGGUUCUACGUCCUGGUUAAACGCAUAAUGGAGACAUUCUUACCAGAUUGAGUUGCACAUGAUAUUUAGUCAUGUGCCUGAAAGGCCUCACAAGCCAAAGAGCCCAACAAUCACCUGUUGUCAUUCCACGUCUCUAAAGUGUGAAAAAUAUGUUGCUCUAAGCACCUACAUUAUGGGUCUAUUUUUCCUACCUUGUUCUUGGAAUGACUGAAAUCUGAGACAAUAAUUGGGCACGUUUGAAAGGAGAUCGCCCUUGAUUAUUUGAAUAACAAAACCAUGCACAAGCUCAUACAAGGAGGGUAAAGUGGGCAUGACACACACACACAUACAUUCACGUAACAGGUGUAAGUGAAUAUUUCAGCCUUUAACCCAGAGGUUUUUCCCAUGCUCACACCUGCUGCCAUCACCUGAGGGCCAAGAGCCCUAAAAGAGCAAAGGAAAUGAGUAGAAAGAUGGAUGAAGAGAGACGUAUCCCCUUUCGCAAUCGUUGGUCAUCCUUCAGGCCUUGUUAUCCAAGCAGAAGUGGCCGUGUUCUGCUUGAUUCACGGCCGCUUUGAUGCCUUUAUGUGGGCGGUUAUUUUCCUUCCCAUUGUGCCCCUGCUUGAUUAUCGCCUACAGCUGCGGGCUACAGGAAAGAUGGAUUCAAAAUGUGAGCUGGUCUUGUUACAAGCGGGAGUCGAUUCUCUCCUGCAAGGACUUCUGGGAAAUAGAAACCCCUUGCUUCUGCCAUUCUGACGUGUCGUAUGAUGAUUCUCUCUCAGUGCCUCGGUCUGGAUCUGUUCAUGUCUGUGGAUAUCAAAUCCUGUCGUAUUUAAACCAAAGAGCUUCUUGUGAUCGCUGAUUAUGAUUAAGAUUUGCUGGCCCAAAACAAGACCAAAAACUUAUUUAUUUCCACUGUGUUAAUACUGAUCGUUAUUGUGUGUUGCAUUGAACAGUCAAGGCUCUGUUCCAAAACCUAUUAAAAAUAAAGGUUGCUUAUUGGUGGUUCCGUGAAGAAGCUUUAACAUCUUUGUAAUCGUUCCAAAAGUUCUUCACAUUAUUUUAAGAAUGAACCAAAAACACCUUUUCAGAAGCAUUAGGCUGCGUUUACACUAGUGCGUUUUUGUUUUAAACACUUAACUUUUGCUACAGUUACGCCUGUCGUUUACACCACGAUGGCGUGGCUGCCCACAUUCGAUCUGUGCAUCCUUGAUGACCAUGUAAGCAAUGACAUCAUGCUCAAUCUUGUACCCAUAGAUAUGUGCAGGUAGAUGCAUCAUUCGACCGCUCCAAGCAAAGAGUGUAGACGGAGUCGGAGAUCGUUUCUGAAACGCAGAGAAAACAAUAGUGUAGAUGAGGAUCGUUUUCAUUUUAAAACGAAAACGCACUAGUGUAAACAGGGCCUUAUUUUUAAGAGUGUAGCGAGCUCCCUACAUACACAGCACAGAAUCUCUACCAAAAUGUGUGUAAUUAUGCUUGUGGGUUUCUCCCAAUGUGAAGCGUUCCAAAUGAGUUACUUAUUUGAUGGCGGAAGCCUGUUUAGGCAGAAACAAAGCUCAGUAGGUUUUGGAACGCAACCCAAAUGUUCCCAUGAGUCGGUGGUGUUGUAAAAUGCACAGAUUCUGAUCAUGCUGAAAGAGCUAAAAAGCACAACACACUCUUGUUGAAAAAAAGUGGUCUUUUUCACUCGUUGUACGUUUGUAAUUUUGGUUCUGAAAUAUGCUCUUUUGUUCCUUCAUUGUGUGCUAAUGAUGUAGUUUUUUAUGCAUUUUAAUUAAAAAAAGAUCAGGA